AUGGCACAGCACGAACGCGGAUACAAGGGCCCCCUCAUGCAACCGGGCAUCAUCCUGCUCCGGGAGGGCACCGACACGAGCCAGGGCCGUGGCCAACUCAUCAGCAACAUCAACGCUUGCGAGGUCAUCGCCGACGCCGUGCGCACCACCCUCGGGCCCCGUGGCAUGGACAAGCUCAUCAUCAACCACAACGGCCUCGCCACCAUCUCAAAUGAUGGUGCCACCAUCAUGAAGCUGCUGGACAUUGUUCACCCUGCUGCUCGCACCCUGACCGAGAUUGCAAAGUCCCAGGACGCCGAGGUUGGCGAUGGCACCACCAGCGUUGUGCUGCUGGCAUCAGAGUUCCUGAAGCAGGCCAAGCCCUUCAUUGAGGACGGCGUGCACGCUCAGGUCAUCAUCCGCAGCUACCGCCAGGCAACUGCACUCGCCCUCAAGUACAUCCGCGAGAUGGCUGUGACGGUGAACAAGGGUGACAAGGAUGAGCUGCGCAGCAUGCUCGAGAAGUGCGCCGCCACCUCCCUCAGCUCAAAGCUGGUUGCGCGGCAGAAGUCGUUUUUCAGCAACCUUGUUGUGGACGCCGUGAUGCUGCUUGAUGACCUCCUCCCGCUCAACAUGAUUGGCAUCAAGAAGGUCCAGGGCGGCGCCCUCGAGGAUUCGCAGCUUGUUGCUGGCGUUGCGUUCAAGAAGACAUUCAGCUACGCUGGCUUUGAGAUGCAGCCCAAGCACUACGAGAACCCGAAGAUUGCUCUCCUCAACGUCGAACUCGAGCUCAAGCGCGAGAAGGAGAAUGCGGAGGUUCGCAUUGAGAACGUGAAGGAGUACCAGGCUGUUGUGGAUGCGGAGUGGGAGAUUCUGUACGAGAAGCUUGACAAGAUCUACGCCACGGGGGCCAAGGUUGUGCUGAGCAAGCUGCCCAUUGGCGACGUGGCCACCCAGUGGUUUGCUGACCGCGACAUCUUCUGCGCCGGCCGCGUCCCAGACGACGACAUGCAGCGCACCCGCAAGGCCUGCGGCGGGUCCAUCCAGACGUCUGUGAACAACCUCACGGACGACGUGCUUGGCCGCUGCGAGCACUUUAAGGAGCGCCAGGUUGGCGGCGAGCGCUACAACUUCUUCACAGGCUGCCCCAAGGCAAAGACCUGCACCAUCAUCCUUCGUGGUGGCGCUGAGCAGUUUAUUGAGGAGACGGAGCGGUCCCUGCACGACGCCAUCAUGAUUGUGCGUCGCGCCAUGAAGAACGACACCGUCGUCGCGGGCGGCGGCGCUAUCGAGAUGGCGCUGAGCAAGCGUCUGCGCGACCAUGCCCGCACCAUUCCCGGCAAGCAGCAGCUCCUCAUUGCCGCCUUCUCCCAGGCCCUCGAGGUCAUCCCACGCCAGCUGUGCGAGAACGCUGGCUUUGACGCAACGGACAUCCUCAACAAGCUUCGUCGCGAGCACGCCGCAGGCCCCUGCUGGUACGGUGUUGAUGUGCACAAGGAGGAUGCCUCGGACAACUUUGCUGCCGCCGUCUGGGAGCCAGCCAUCGUCAAGAUCAACGCUCUCACUGCUGCCUCUGAGGCCGCGUGCAUGGUUCUCUCUGUGGACGAGACGGUCAAGGCACCGACGUCGGACGUGGCCGGAGCCCAGGCGCAGGGCGGCGGCCACCCAGGCAUGAUGCCUGCCGGCCGCGGCCGCGGUAUGCCCGCUCGCCGAUAA